AUGACUAAACACCUAUAUCAUUCCAAUAAAGAACAUAAAUUCAAUUAUCAUGAAGAAAACGGUCGGAUUGAGACAAUUCGCGAUGGUUUAAGAAAGGCCUCAUUAUGUCCAAGCAUGGAACUAUUAGCUGUUAUAACGAAUGGAAAUCGUCUAAUUGCGUUUAGAAAUACAGGACAGAGAAUAUGGGAUGUUGGAUUUGAAGGGUUAAAAGCUACUGCUCUUUGUUGGCAUCAAGACGGCCAUCUGUUGGUAGUGGGUUUUGAGAGUGGAGAACUCAAAUUUGUAGAUUCCUCUUCGGGUCAUGUUGUCGAACAGCGUCAUGCUUCAAGAAAUAUUCCUAUCACCAUGAUUACAUGGAAAGUGGAGGACUCUUCUACUUUUUUCAAUCAGCCUGACUUCUCUUUGGACCCAAUAUCUUACAUGCCCUUAUUGGGAACGCUGCCUAGCUCCUCUAAAGGGGAACGAAUUUUUUCUUCAAAAGCAAUUGUUGAGUUUUUUAAAUCUUCCAAUCCCGAGCGUUCCAAAUCUCAGAAAAUCGAGCUUUUAAGUGUCCUUGAUGAGGAAGGAAUUCGCCAUAUAAACAUGUUUUCAUCCUAUAAAAUUGGGGAAGGUGAUUCACUACAUUCAGCUCUUAAUAUGAAAUUACCUAAAUCCCAUCAUAUUUGCAGGCAGAUGGCAUACCAUGUUUUACAUUGUUCUGAUCAAGGUCAUAGCAGCUUACAAACGUUACACAUGCCAUUGCUAGAGAAAGGGUUGCGAAACAUAGUAGAUAUAGCGACAAUGUCAACAAAGAUGCAACUGUUUGUGAGGUAUAUCGAAGAAACAGUGGAUGCGAUGUAUGAAGAGUUUAAAAAUAUCGUCAAAGCUGAAAACAGCCUACGAAACUCUUUUACCCAAAUAUUUGAAAAACACAAAAAUGAUACAUUCUCUCCCGAGCUGGAACUUUAUCAGUUUAUUAUGAAUGGGUUACCAACCCCCAUAUUGAAAGAGUGGUUGACAGAGAGAGUUGGCGAUCGAGUUUUAAAAAACUGGGAAAAGUUAAUUGUGAAUGCUUGUCGAUCCUUAUCUGUGUUUUGCCAAGAGUUUGUAAUACCUGCUUCGGAGAGGUUGGGGAUAUUGCUGAAUUUAAUAAGAGGAAAGGCAAUUUGGGGAGUCAUGAAAGGAGAUAGUUUGCUUGAUCCAAAGUUAAUCGAUGAUUGUAUGUCUUCUCUUUCGUCACUUCAGACAAUUUCUUUUACGUUUUUAUCUUCACUUCAAAAAGAAAACGCUGAAAUGAAGCGUUACGUGAGUUGGCUAAAUUACGCUAUGCAUGAAUUUGUUACAACUGAACCAGCAACAAUUCCUCCUCAAGAUAUUGUUGAUCAUAUACAGGAUUGUGUAAGGUAUAUCCGGAAUUCUCUAAUGCACUCUCAAUUGACAUCCUACUUCGUGGCUGCCGAAAACUCCCAAGAAACGAAAAACUCCAAACCUAGCAGUUCAACGUUUCAGGAUGUCAUUAAUGCUUUACGACUUUCUUUUGAUGUCAUUUUUAGUUAUCCAUCCUUAGCUUGUCGAAGCCAGUGGACAAAAACAGCAAAUAUUAAACUAUUACAAGGCAACGAUUGGCUGGUUUCUGCUUGUCUUUUCCAGUCCAAGCCCGAAACCUCAAUCGAAAAAUCUAUAUAUUAUAAGAAAAAUCUUCCAGGCAUAUAUAUUUGGCAAUGUAAUUUGCAAAAUGGACAGAUGUUACCGUCUUUCUGCUGCCAUUUUGAAUUGGAUGCUUCUUAUAUUCUUCAAAUCGAUCAACAAAAUACUGCCUCAGCUAAUGUUUUGGAUGCAAAGGUUUAUCCCAGUAAUGCCUUAAUAAUACUAGCUGAGUACCAAAACAAAAUUAUUAUGUGUGAAGUCUCCAUCGAGAAAAUACCUUUUAUACCUAUUGACAAGUCCAUUUGCGAAAUGGGAAAGUUACCAGAAUACGUGAAUACUAUCCCCAUUAUUCCAGUCCGUGAUACAGUAUGGACCCAUUCGUUCAACGAUAACUUUUCUCCUUCCAGAUUCGACUAUAUAGAACAAGAUACUGCCUCUUAUGGUAUUGUUUAUUCGGAAGAAACUCAAAAGUAUCGAUGGUUUAAUAUUUGA